UGACAUCUGCCAUAUGUUUUUUGUUGAUUUUUUAAAGUUUAAAAAAAAAAAUAUUUUUUAAAAAUGGGUAAAACCUCAAAAGAUAAACGCGAUAUCUAUUAUCGUAAAGCAAAAGAGCAGGGAUGGAGAGCACGUAGCGCCUUCAAACUUCUCCAAAUCGACGAGAAGUUCGACAUUUUCCAAGGGGUUAAGAGGGCGGUCGAUUUAUGCGCGGCCCCCGGCAGUUGGUCUCAAGUAUUAUCCCGAAAAUUGUAUUUAAACGAGGAAAUUAAUAUCAAAGAACCCACACACUUGUUUUACACUGAAACCUUGGCUGAAGAACAGGCCAGGAAAGAUAUACAGGAAACACCAAAAAAGAAUGAGGAUGUUAAAAUAGUUGCUGUGGAUUUGCAACCAAUGUCUCCAUUACCAGGAGUCAUUCAGAUACAGGGCGACAUCACAAAGUAUUCAACGGCUCAACAAAUUAUUGCACAUUUUGAAGGGGAGCAAGCUGAUCUUGUUAUUUGUGAUGGAGCUCCUGAUGUGACAGGGUUGCAUUGUAUGGAUAUUUAUAUACAGGCCCAGUUAUUGCUUGGGGCAGUUCACAUAACAUGCAAUGUCUUAAAAAGAGGGGGCACCUUCAUAGCAAAAAUAUUCCGUGGCAAAGACAACGACCUCCUUACGAAUCAACUCCUAAUGCUAUUCGAAGAGGUGCACGUGGCCAAACCGAAAAGCUCCAGGAAUUCCAGUAUCGAAGCCUUCGUGGUUUGCCAGGGCUACAAUCCCCCGGAAGGUUUUGACCCCAAACUGAUAACCCCUUACUUGGACGUUUCCAAUAAAGAUUUUAGUACAUUAGAAGGUAUAAAUAGGGUCAUUAUCCCUUUUGUUGUUUGUGGUGAUGUCAGCGCGUACGACGCGGAUGCAACGUAUCCACUGCAGUUGGAAGGGGAGGCACCAUAUAAAUAUAGGCCUCCUGUACAGCCGCCGAUUGCUCCCCCGUAUAGUUUUAAGCAGGAACCGACUAAAACGGAUAUAGACAAUUUUUUGAAGAAGAUUAACGAGGCAGCUAAAACUGUUAAUUUGGGAAUGGGACCGGAUAUGAGGAGUUUGAACGAGAGCGUUAGGAGAUUAAAUUUGGUGGAUGUUAAUAUGCCCGGGCCCUCGAGCGUUGGCUCGUUGGAUUUGCCUGAGGAUUUCUGUAAGGACGACAUGAGAACCAAACAAAUGUUCGACAACGGACCUUAUUUCGACCUUAUAACGAAAGUGGAUAAAGUGAAAAAGUCACAGCCAGAGGAGGAGAGCGAAGCGACAAUAGAAUUGAGAAAUGUGGAUUUUAAAUUGUUGCCAGACUUCGAGUUUAUGUACGAAGAUGAGAAUGCUGAUCCAGAGAUUGUGCAGGCUUUGCUACAACAUAUUCAGCUGGGGAAUGUGGCCAAUCCCACUACAUGUUUUUGUCCAGAAUAAAUAUACGAUUUUUCUUAAAUUUCA